CUCGAACGCAAUAUCAUAGCCUCUGAUCCUCGAGUGACUCGCUUUCCCAUAGACUGGGGUGAUGGCCUUCUUGAUGGUUGCCCUGAACCAGCAGAAGUUGAAGGAGCUGACUACGACCUCGCGGAUGCUAUACAUCCCGUAAUCAGUCCUGUCGAUAAUUCCAACAGAGAGUCUUCCUUCGAGCAGAUGAAAACAGUUGAGCCCCGCGAUAAUGUUCCUUACUUUCAAAUGCAAGAAAACCUAAACAAUGUUCAUGUUAAGUCCAUUAUCAAUCUGUCCUCUGAUGAUUUAUCACGUUCUAAUUCCAUCCCUUCGCCGCUCCACCAGAUUCAACCAACGUGA